GUGGAUCCCAGAAAGCAUUGCGCGCAUUUGUAACGAAUUUCCGUUCGAGUUUGUAUUUUAGGCGCCAUUUUCGAGUGAAGGACCCGGAGCCGAAACACCGACACUCCAGGUGAGCAACUUGAUAACCGAAGUUUAGAAGAGAUUAUGAAUAGUAUCCCUCCACCCCCACCUCCUGCAAUGACAAAUGAAGCUGGAGCGCCUCGGCUUAUGAUAACUCAUAUUGUAAACCGGAACUUCAAGUCCUAUGCGGGGGAAAAAGUCCUGGGACCUUUCCAUAAGCGCUUUUCCUGUAUUAUUGGGCCAAAUGGCAGUGGCAAAUCCAAUGUUAUCGAUUCUAUGCUUUUUGUGUUUGGCUAUCGAGCACAAAAAAUAAGGUCUAAAAAACUGUCAGUACUAAUACAUAAUUCUGAUGAACACAAGGAUAUUCAGAGUUGUACUGUAGAAGUUCAUUUUCAAAAGAUAAUUGAUAAGGAAGGGGAUGAUUAUGAAGUCAUUCCUAACAGUAACUUCUGUGUAUCCAGAACGGCCUACAGAGAUAACACUUCUGUCUAUCACAUAAGUGGGAAGAAAUCCACAUUUAAGGAUGUUGGAAACCUUCUUCGAAGCCAUGGAAUUGAUUUGGACCAUAAUAGAUUUUUAAUAUUGCAGGGUGAAGUUGAGCAAAUAGCUAUGAUGAAACCAAAAGGCCAGACUGAACAUGACGAGGGUAUGCUUGAAUAUUUAGAAGAUAUAAUUGGUUGUGGACGGCUAAAUGAACCUAUUAAAGUCCUGUGUCGAAGAGUUGAAAUACUAAAUGAACACAGAGGAGAAAAGUUAAACAGAGUUAAAAUGGUGGAAAAGGAAAAGGAUGCCUUAGAAGGAGAGAAAAACAUAGCCAUUGAAUUUCUUAACUUGGAAAAUGAAAUAUUUAGGAAAAAAAAUCAUGUUUGUCAGUAUUAUAUUUAUGAUUUGCAGAAACGAAUUACUGAAAUGGAGAUGCAAAAGGAAAAGAUUCAUGAAGAUGCCAAAGAAAUUAAUGAGAGGAGCAGUAUACUGUCAAAUGAAAUGAAAGCAAAGAAUAAAGCUGUACAAGAUACAGAGAAGAAACUCAAUAAAAUUACAAAAUUCAUUGAGGAGAAUAAAGAAAAAUUUACACAGCUGGAUUUGGAAGAUGUUCAAGUUAGGGAAAAAUUAAAGCAUGCUACUAGUAAAGGCAAAAAACUGGAGAACCAACUUCAAAAAGAAAGAGAAAAGGUUGAAGAAUUUAAAAGUAUACCCGCCAAGAGUGAGAACAUCAUAACUGCAACAACAACUAGAAACAAUUCCCUGGAAAAGGAAAAAGACAAAGAAGAGAAGAAAUUAAAGGAAAUUAUGGAUAGUCUUAAACAGGAAACACAAGGGCUUCAGAAGGAAAAAGAAAGUCGAGAGAAAGAGCUUAUGGGUUUCAACAAAUCUGUAAAUGAAGCACGUUCAAAGAUGGAGGUAGCCCAGUCAGAACUUGAUCUCUACCUCAGUCGAUACAAUACUGCAGUAUCUCAAUUAAGUAAGGCAAAAGAAGCUCUAGUUGCAGCUUCUGAGACUCUCAAAGAAAGGAAAGCUGCAAUUGGAGAUAUAGAGAGAAAACUCCCUCAAACCGAACAAGAAUUAAAGGAGAAGGAAAAAGAACUUCAGAAACUUACACAAGAAGAAAUAAACUUCAAAAGUGUGGUUCAUGAUCUUUUCCAAAAAGUUGAAGAAGCAAAGAGUUCUUUAGCAAUGAAUCGAAGUAGAGGGAAAGUACUUGAUGCAAUAAUUCAGGAAAAAAAGUCUGGCAGGAUUCCAGGAAUAUAUGGAAGACUGGGAGACCUAGGAGCCAUUGAUGAAAAAUAUGAUGUGGCUAUUUCAUCCUGUUGCCAUGCCUUAGACUACAUUGUUGUUGAUUCUAUUGAUACAGCCCAAGAAUGUGUAAACUUCCUUAAAAGACAAAAUAUUGGAGUUGCAACCUUUAUAGGUUUAGAUAAGAUGGCAGUCUGGGCCAAAAAAAUGACCAAGAUUCAAACUCCUGAAAACACUCCUCGGUUAUUUGAUUUAGUUAAAGUAAAAGAUGAGGAAAUUCGCCAAGCUUUUUACUUUGCCUUACGAGACACCUUGGUAGCCGACAACUUGGAUCAAGCCACAAGAGUGGCGUAUCAGAAAGACAGAAGAUGGAGGGUGGUAACUUUACAGGGGCAAAUCAUAGAACAGUCAGGUACAAUGACUGGCGGUGGAAGCAAAGUAAUGAAAGGAAGAAUGGGCUCUUCGGUUGUUGUUGAAAUCUCAGAGGAAGAGGUAAAUAAAAUGGAAUCACAGUUGGAAAGAGAUUCUAAGAAAGCAGUGCAAAUCCAAGAACGGAAAGUACAACUUGAAGAAGCAGUACUUAAGUUACGACAUAAUGAUCGAGAAAUGAAGAGUACACUAGAGAAAUUCACAGCCAGCAUCCAGCGUUUAUCAGAGCAAGAAGACUAUUUGAAUAUACAAGUUAAGGAACUUGAAACUAAUGUACUUGCCACAGCCCCUGACCAAAAAAAGCAGAAAUUGUUGGAAGAAAAUGUCAGUGCUUUCAAAGCAGAAUAUGAUGGUGUGGCUGAGAAAGCUGGUAAAGUAGAAGCUGAGGUUAAACGGUUACACAAUAUCAUCCUGGAAAUCAAUAACCAUAAACUCAAGGCCCAGCAAGACAAACUUGAUAAAAUAAAUAAGCAGCUAGAUGAAUGUGCUUCUGCUAUUACUAAAGCCCAAGUAGCAAUCAAGACUGCUGACAGAAACCUGAAAAAGGCUCAAGACUCUGUGUUUCGCACAGAGAAAGAAAUAAAAGAUACUGAGAAAGAAGUAAAUGACUUAACAGCAGAACUAAGAAGUCUUGAGGACAAAGCAGCAGACGUCAUAAAAAAUACAAACACUGCAACGGAGUCCUUACCAGAGAUCCAGAAAGAACAUCGUAAUCUGCUCCAAGAACUAAAAGUUAUUCAAGAUAAUGAACAUGCCCUUCAAAAAGAUGCACUUAGUAUUAAGUUGAAACUUGAACAAAUAGAUGGUCACAUUGCUGAGCAUAAUUCUAAAAUAAAAUAUUGGCGAAAAGAGAUUUCAAAAAUAGCACUUCAUCCUAUAGAAGAUAAUCCUGUUGAACAAGUUUCUGUUCUAAGCCCAGAAGAUCUUGAAACAAUCAAGAGUCCAGAUUCUAUAACAAAUCAAAUUGCACUUUUGGAAGCACAGUGCCAUGAAAUGAAACCAAACCUUGGUGCCAUUGCAGAGUAUAAAAAGAAAGAAGAAUUAUAUUUGCAGCGGGUUGCAGAGUUGGAUAAAAUUACUUCUGAAAGAGAUAAUUUUAGACAGGCCUAUGAAGAUCUUCGAAAACAGAGGCUUAAUGAAUUCAUGGCUGGUUUUUCUAUAAUAACAAGUAAAUUAAAGGAAAAUUACCAAAUGCUUACUUUGGGAGGGGAUGCUGAACUGGAGCUGGUAGACAGCUUGGAUCCUUUCUCAGAAGGAAUCAUGUUCAGUGUUAGACCACCUAAGAAAAGUUGGAAGAAGAUCUUCAAUCUUUCAGGAGGGGAGAAAACACUUAGUUCCCUGGCUUUAGUAUUUGCUCUUCACCACUAUAAACCUACUCCUCUUUACUUCAUGGAUGAGAUUGACGCAGCCCUUGAUUUUAAAAAUGUGUCCAUUGUUGCAUUUUAUAUCUAUGAACAAACAAAAAAUGCCCAGUUCAUAAUAAUUUCCCUUCGAAAUAAUAUGUUUGAGAUUUCUGAUAGACUUAUUGGAAUUUACAAGACAUACAAUAUAACAAAGAGUGUUGCAGUAAACCCAAAAGAAAUUGCAUCUAAAGAACUUUGUUGAAUUUUAUACUGAAGAUUCAAGUUGAAUUGGCAUAGACUUGGUGUAUUACUGGUUUCUAAGAAUUAUGACCUGUAUAAAAUACAUAUUCUGAAUGAUGACAAAACUUUUAUGAUGUUAAGAAUCAUGUUACAAUGUCUAAAACAAUGUUCUCUAAGGCAGGAAGAUUGUAGAUUUAGCCCAAGCUGGGCAGUUUUGUAAUUUAUCAGGAUACUGUCUCAAAAAGGGACUGGGAAUCAACUGAGGGCCCUGGGUUCACUCCUCAGUGGGUACCCCCUGGUUUUGUUUUAUUGUUUUUUUUCUUGUAUACCUGUUUGUAGAUGAUAAGAAUGAAAGGGGGAUUUUUGAGACAGGGUUUCAUUUCACUGUGUAGUUCAGGCUAGCCUCAAGUUUGUGGUGAUCUUCCUGCUUCAGCCUCUUCAGUGCUGGGAUUACACGUAUAUGCUGUCAUACCCAGCAGGAUGAGUGUUUUGUGAGACUAUUAAGAAAAACCAGAUUCCUAUAGGGUCAGAUGACUUGCCCACUGUUCCAAGGUAUUACCAGUUUGUUGAGAUAAAGUUCCAAAACUAGAUCCUGUUGCUCAAUAUACCUUCAGUGGACAUUCGACCUACGCUGGAAAAAUCUGCUAAAAUCAUCUUGGGUAAAAUUUUAAGGCAUUCCACUUGGUUUACUAACUUUGACAAUCAUAUUACCCAAAUAAUGAGAACCUUGUUUUGUAAACAGGCAUUCUUAAUUUAUAAGAAUUUAAACAUAGGUACUUAAAAACUUGAUGUGCUUUGUCUAUUUAAAAUUUGUUGCAAAAGAAUGUAAAAACAAUGUUUGAGUGUAACUAGGCCAUUAUCUCGUAAGAGUGAAUAUAGUAAUAAGUGGAAUGUGAGAUACCAUGAAUGACUGCCAAGUUGUCAAGAUUUUGAUUAUAUUGGCUCAGGAAUAUUAUGCUACUGAAAAUGAGUCAACAACCACUUGAUUGAAUCAAA